UAAAAUUCCUUUGCAAGGGAAAUUUGAUAGCAGAAAAAAACGAACCGCCAUUUAUAUCCCAGGCGGCAUCAAUAAAAUAUAUUUUGUGUUUUUAAAUAAAAAUCACCUUAAACCUAAACUAAAAAUAAUUAAAUAUGGAUUUCCAUAAAAGUUUAUAUCAUGAGAUGCAUUCCCAGACACCUCAUCACAAAAGAGAAAAUCGUAGAUUGCAGGAAGCCAAUCGCAUCAAGCAGAGAAGAGAUCGUUUUCAAAAUUCAAGGAAUAUUUCAGUUAGUCCGGUGAGACAUAAAGAAAUUAUAAUUCCCCUAUGUCCAGAUGAUAAGGAAAAUGAAAGCCAAACUGAUAAUCCGAAUUCUACACGCUUAGCCAAAUUGGUGUGUAAUACAAAUAACCCAGAGAAAUUGAAAAAGCAGGAGGCUUUUUUGAAACGCUUCGCUGAAUGGAUGGAUAAGAAGAAAAAUGCAAAAACACAGCAAGAGGGGGUUAAUAAAAAGAAGCCUUUCAUAUCGGCUGUUAAUAGUGGUGGCAAACAAGCGGCUACGACUUGUUCUAUAGUGCCAAAAGGACAUCAUGAUGGUUUUCGACCGCCAGCGGGGCUUAAGAGUCAAAAACCAAAUGAAAAGGCUGAAACCAUUAACAAACCUAUCCUUAAAGGCAGACAGUCAAUUUAUACAGUAGUACCCACACCACCAAGAAAACCCAAGGAAACAAAUGAUAAAUUAAAAAACAAAUUUCCAAUUGCCCGCAAAGCAUUGCCGACAAAUUUACACACACGGAUAUUAAAUUCAAACAAAACACCAAAUGUUUCUGCCCCAAAUUCUGCCAAAACUGUCAAUAAAUUGCAAACGAAAACACCAAUAGAUAAACCAAAACCUGUGGUUAAAAAGAACUCUACUACCAAACCAACUUUAGAAACAAAAACAGCCACCGCAACAUUGCCUACCUUAAGGUCUACACUAAAGCCUCGCGUUUUAAAAAUGCCACCACCACCAGCUCCUAGAACAAAGGCGGUUGUAAAGAAACCAGAACCUACUACAACUACCACCAAUAGGCAGACAGGGGCUGCAGCUAAAGCCAGAAAUUUAGCUACAAAACGUGUAGAAACUAAUAAACAAACAAAAAAAUCUCCUUUAAAAGCUGGAGGAGCGCGUUUAGCUCAAAAUUUAAAGGCCAAAAAACCUUUAAAUACUUCCAAGAAAUUAAAAGUACCCAAUGUUCAAGUUAAUGGUAAAGAAAUUUUAAGUUUAUUUAAAAACAACAACAAUAAACCUUUGGCAGAAGAUAUGGUUAUACAAACUCCCAAAGAUUUCACAUUAAAUCCUUUCGAAGAGUUUGUAACCUCCACAAAGUUAAGAAAUUCUAGCCAUAAUUUAGAGAACUUGGAAGGAAAUGGCAUAAGUCCUAUAGAAACUUCCCCAAAAAGGGCUCAUACUGUUAAAAAGUUUAAUUUUAUAAGAUAUUCCGAAGCCCCCAAUGUAUCGGACAAUGAUGCAGUGGAAAAUGAAGUUGAACAAGUUAAAGAAAAUCCACCAACAGCAGCAGCAGCAGCUAAUGUCUCUGAUGAAGAAAAUAAGACUCUGGUAGAAACUCCAGCUAUAGACGAAAAAACUCCUACAAAAUCUAAACCAGAAGAAAAACCCGCCAAUUAUUUAAGUCCCUUCGUUAGUGUCACCCGCGGUAAAGUCAGCUUAAAAAAGGAGAAGGAAAAACGUAAUAGUAUUUAUCUACAGAAUCCAGCUGAAGAUAAUGAUGCGACUACGGUCAGUACUAGUCCCCUGAAAUCACCCAAAUACUCAGUUGAGGUGCGUAGAACCCUGGAAGCUGUGCGUUAUUUCCGCAAACAAUUACAAGAUGAAAUUGAUAGACUCCACCAGCAGUGUGACAUUUGGGAGGCUUAUAAGAGUGAAAAUCUGGAAAAACUACAAAUUGAAAAUGUUGAAGACAUGAUCAAUGUUACCAUUGGUCAAACACGUCUUUUGACAAGUAAAAAAUUUAUGCAAUUUAAGGGUUUAAUUGAUCGCUGUGAAGCAGGCGCCACCGGUAUUGGGGCCGUUGAGUAUGAUGGUAGUGAAGACACUAAACCCAUAACAGCAGUAGACUUGGAAGGAUUUUGGUCCAUGUUGGGAUUGCAAGUCGAUAAUUUGGAGAAACGUUUUGAUAAUUUAAAUCGUUGGAAAUUGAAUGAUUGGAUAGAUCCCGAUGAAGCGAAACCUAAAAUUAAAAAGAAUUUAACAAAAGUAAAGAAAGCCAAGGCAGCACCAGCUACUAAAGCCAAACCCAGUUCCGCGUUGCAGCAAAUGUUGCGUAAAAUGCAGGCAGAAAAGCGUAAAAACAGAAAUCAGCAAAAUGGUGGUAAUGAAGAUGUGGUACUAACACCAUCCAAACAGAAUCCCAGACGUUCCGGCAACAGUAGUAAUUCCACACCACGCAAAUCUAUGGAUAAUAGCCAAACACGUCGUUUAUCGAUAGUAGUAAAAGAUCGCAAAUAUUUCUCUCCUGCAGCUACAGUAAUUUCGGUUUCCUCUCCCAAUCGCAGAAAUUCAAUGAUACGUAAAACUUCCCAGGAUUCGCCCAAAUUGCUAAAGCAUAUAGAAAAGUUCAAUGAGACUUUGGAUAACAUGCAAUCGUCUUUGGAUUUAAGGAAAUCCGUGUUAAUAAACGGCAACUCAAGACGCAUGAGUAUAAAUCCACAAUCACCCAUGAGAAAUUCUUUGGAUAAAGUCGGUAUAAAGGAAACUGUAAUGGCUGUAAAUGGUAAUUUUACUGUCGGCCAUGAGGAGGAACCAACUUCCAGCCAAACUAAUUUCAACACAUCACCGCAACAUUCACCAGUGCCUACUGGACGCAAAUCUAUACUUAAAACUCCCGGCACGGCCAAAAGCAGACUACGCAAUGUUAUAUUCAAUGAAAAGUUGCGCGUAAAAAAAUUUAAUUUUCUCAUAAACGAAGAUGAUCAAUUGAAUGGUGAAAAUGGCAAUAACGAGGCCAAUGAGUCACAUGAGGAAGAUUUGGCACAAAGGGUUGAUGAAGAUGAACCCCAGCGUACUUUAACAUUGCGAAAUCGUAAAGUACGUUUGCGUCCUUCUUGCGAAAUCGUUAUACCUUCUAAAUAAUAUGGGCCUAUACUUCAUUUGUAUAAUAAUUUUUUAUUUUAUUAUAUUUUUUUAUACUUUUAUUAUGUUAACUGUUGCGUUUUUAAAUCUUGACCUAUCAUCAUAUUGGAAUAACAAGUCGUUUACUUUUAUUCUUAAGAAUUUUUACUGGUUUCAAACUACACUUACAAGUAUUUAUGUGUGGGUUUGUGAAAAAGUAAUUUUGAAAUAAUAAAGUAACGAUUAAUUUGUUA